AUGAUGUACCACUGCUUGUUGUUGGUGAGCAAUCUGUUUCUAUUUUGGAGUGGUAGCUUACUCGUUCACAACAGUCAAAAUCGGUGCUCUUUCAAACUCACAGGACUUGCCGGUGCAACUAACGUGGAUUGUAAUACGGAAAAUGUACGACGCUCUCGAGAACUCGUAGGCCCUGCAUUCGAAACCCUCGCCUGGAAGUCUUUUCAGGCUGUGUGCCAGGAGAAGCUCUAUACCAUGGCAACAUACGCCAACACACACAUCUAUCAUGUGAUCACUCCCAUGCCCACCACCGCAGAUGAUGCCAACAAUGAUGAGGACGCUGCUGGUUUCUGCAAUGAAAAGCUCGUGCUCCACGAUGGUGGGGAAACGGGAAGAACCAUCAUUGUGGAAGAAGCUGGAUAUCAGUCUGGUAGAGACCAGGAUGAGGAUGACGUCUUCCGCUUUCGGGGAUCGUUCUCACUGAAAGCCAUCUUGCAAGCAUUCCACACGGCCAAAACCAUCAGGCAAGAUUAUCCCCAGGAGAGGAGUGAGAAUUCCUAUGACAUUCUCAACAACAACUGCGCUACCUUCAUUCUGAGUUUCAUGGAUGCUUUGGGUUUGGAGCCUGGUCAACCCAUUGCUCGCUACAUUGCAGAAAGGCUGGCACAGAAUGGAGGACACACCAUUGAAAUGUUGCAAGACAGCCAGGAAUUUCAAGCUCUCUUGCCCCCCAAAAUGACUACAGCCUUGAAGAAUGAUGACAUGCGAAACAAGGAAGACGAGAGGGAGCUAUUGCAGCUUCUCGUGGAAUACUACAUUCAGAAUCGAGUCAAGGGGGAGCCGAGUGUUCUGGAAUCUGGCGAGACAAAACGUACUCCCGACACUUCUACUCAAACAUCUGCGGGCGGAAACAUCAUCUAUCCCCGGAGUCUUCGUCGCUACUUACAGGCUUCCAGUCAGGCUCAAGGUAGUUCUGUCUGCUCCCUUUGCUAUGGAGGAUCCAGCCGUAAUAAUCCAAAUGGCACUGCACUGUCAGCAUGGGUCGAUGGCGUUGGGUACACAACCUGCGAGGACGCUGAAGUACUUGCCAUGGACUUUCUCGAUGGAUCCACCAGCUGUACCAUCAGCCAAAUCUCCGGAGUAGCACACUGUGGUUGCCCCGACCUACCACCCAUCAACCCUGACAUUGGGUGCAACUUUUGCGGAAACGAUCAAUCGAGCUACGACAUCGAUUUUCACAAGAAAAUGCCACAGUUCCACGAUCUCGAAAGCAACAGCGAGCAGUUCCUCUGUUUCGACAUGAUCAUUGCGGCACAGAACUACCCAUCCAGCAAGAACUGUGAGGAUCUUCUCUCAGCUGGAGGCAAAUACUGGUGUGGAUGCCCCAAUGCCGCAAAACCGCCUGCCAAGUGCACCCUGUGUUUGGAUGGAGCCCCAGUCCCUGAUCCUUCAUUGGAGGUAUUGCCAGGUGGUGCAACCUGUCAGGAUGUAAUGGACCUGAUGGAAGCUGGAUUCUCGGACAGCUGUGGAGCCAUGCAAGCCACAGCGGGUGUGUACUGCGGAUGUGAGGCCAAUCUAGAGCAGUCUGUUGGUGAUGUUGGGACCUAUGAUCUCAAGUUUCGUGAUACCCCCUGUCGCAUCUGCAAGAACGGGGCCUUGCUGCCAGACACUGGCUCGGUCAUCGUGUUGAACUAUCGGAAUAAUGGUGUGCAACGAAGAAUGGAUACUUCCUGUGGAGAGAUCGAGUUCCUUGCAAAUGCCUUUGACAUGUGUGACGAACCCAACACGUUUAGCCAUGCUCCUUUCUGUGGCUGCUUUGUGGAGGAUGAAACUACCGAUUGCCAUCUCUGUUGGGGCAAUGAAACGGUUGUUAAUGAAACGGAGGCUCUCUUCCCCGAUCUGCCAUCUACAUUUGCUGAAACUUGUGAGAGCGUACAAGCCAGUCUUCCCACCUUCCCCAACUUGCACCAUGGAAAGCCCCGUUGCACACAGUUGCAGGAACUCGGUUUCCUUGCCUGCGGGUGCCCCCAGGCGCCACCGGAACGGUCAAAUACCUUUCAAUGCCCCUUGCCUUGCUCGUACGACCAGAUUGACCCAUUCAGGUUGGAUUUUACGUUUCAGCCCGACUACAAAACUUGUGGAGAUAUUGUGGCAUCUGCCAACCACGCCAAGUCUCAAGAAGAGUGUGACGAGUUCUCCAAGAGAAUCAAGUUCUGUUGCGAGGGGACACCCUACACAAAUGGUUGCAGCCUCUGUGAUGGAGGCUCGGACCCGCAAGUACAAGGUUACGACUCGGAUGAUUCACCAGUGACAUGCCAAGACUAUCAAUCCUUUUUACCUCAGCUUGUGCUUGCGGACGACUCAAAGGAAUGCACUCGCUGGCAAGACAUUGGGUACUUUUCCUGUGGUUGCCCCAGCCAGCCGGCCCCUCUUCCCCAUCAGACCGAGUGCCACGUCCUGCCAGAGUCUUGCUCCCCCUUUGAUUUGGACUACUACUGCAAGGACGCAUUGAGCAUCAUUGGGCGUGUGGAGAAUGCCUCUGAGUGUCCGUAUGUCCAGCAGUUUUUUGAUCUUUUGUGUUGUGGAGAUUUGGAUGCCCGCGAAAUUGUCGUUCCGAGCAAUAUUGACGGCAAUGGCACCGUUGUGACUGUCACGGUACAAAUUGUCUUUGAUGAAUUUUCGUCUGAUGUUGCAUGGUCCAUUCUGGACUCGGAGGGUGAGCGUGUCGCUGCUUCUCCCGUGUUCCUCACGCCUGAUGACUACAAAGUCGAUUUUGAUCUAGCUGCAGGUGACUAUGCCUUUGUCAUUUUGGAUGUUUCCGGUGAUGGGAUUCUUGGAGGGUCGUUCCUGGUCCUGGUUGGAGAGCAGGUAUUGGUGGAAGACGCGCCAGAAGAGUACUACCAAGCCAUCAAUUUCACAGUGCCGGUAAAAUCAGAUGAAGCUGUUGGACAAGCAGAUGAUCCUGCUUCUACUACCAAUGCAACAUCAGGAACCCAGAGUUUCACAGUGUCGGCCGAAGAAGCCAGUGACAGUGUUGGAGAAGCAAACGAUCUUGCUUCUAUUAAUGUGACAUCAGGGCCCCAGGAGGAUGAAUCAAAGAGCCUUGGAGUUGCCCUUUUUGGGGGGCAGUUGAUCAUGGCAAUGAUGAUGGCUGUUUCUGUGAUCAUCUUGAUCAAUUAUUGA